CGACCUGCGGAGCAUGCGCAGAAGGCGGCCGAGGCGCAUGCUCCGUGGAGGUCCCGGCCCGGCGGCCCCCGCGUCUGCGCCAGCCCGGGGGCCCCACAGAGUCCCGGCGGGGCCGCGGGCAUGGCGGCCAGCCUGUGGAUGGGCGACCUGGAGCCCUACAUGGACGAGAACUUCAUCUCCAGAGCCUUUGCUACCAUGGGGGAGACAGUGAUGAGCGUCAAAAUUAUCCGAAACCGCCUCACUGGGAUCCCGGCUGGCUACUGCUUUGUAGAAUUCGCAGAUUUGGCCACAGCUGAGAAGUGUUUGCAUAAAAUCAAUGGGAAGCCCCUUCCAGGAGCCACACCUGCAAAGCGUUUUAAACUGAAUUACGCCACUUAUGGGAAACAGCCAGAUAACAGCCCUGAAUACUCCCUCUUUGUGGGGGAUCUGACCCCAGAUGUGGAUGAUGGCAUGCUGUAUGAGUUCUUCGUCAAAGUCUACCCCUCCUGUCGGGGAGGCAAGGUGGUUUUGGACCAGACAGGCGUGUCUAAGGGUUAUGGUUUUGUGAAAUUCACAGAUGAGCUGGAACAGAAGCGAGCCCUGACAGAGUGCCAGGGAGCCAUAGGACUGGGGUCUAAACCAGUGCGGCUGAGCGUGGCCAUCCCCAAAGCGAGCCGUGUGAAGCCAGUGGAGUAUAGUCAAAUGUACAGUUACAGCUACAACCAGUAUUACCAGCAGUACCAGAACUACUACGCCCAGUGGGGCUAUGACCAGAACACCGGCAGCUACAGCUAUAGUUACCCCCAGUAUGGCUACACCCAGAGCACCAUGCAGACGUAUGAAGAAGUCGGAGAUGAUGCAUUGGAAGACCCCAUGCCGCAGCUGGAUGUGACAGAGGCCAACAAGGAGUUCAUGGAGCAGAGCGAGGAGCUGUAUGAUGCGCUGAUGGACUGUCACUGGCAGCCUCUAGACACAGUGUCUUCAGAGAUCCCUGCCAUGAUAUAGCCAGGACAAAGGACAAGCCAGAAUGGACUUGUGAGGGAGAGAAGAGACUCCUUUUUUAAAGUUACUGCAAGACUUUUUUUUUAAAUGUUUCAUAAAGAUUUUAGUAAUCAACCGUUCCUGCAAUUAUAUUUUUCCUCUUAA